AUGGUUGGAAUUCCGGUCUGGGUUCCAUUUUUCGUGGGUGUGGCAGGCACCUUGAUGUACUACCCUAUGAUGAUGGAGGUGGUCGGAUUCCCAAAGAACUUCCUUCAGCACGGCAUCUUUUUGAUCAUUCAGGCAUUCUUUGCAAACAUCGGCUACUGUGGGAAGCUGGGCGUGGCAACAGGCUUUGUCAGCAUCGCGGUUGGCAUCAUCGCCAUCAUCGCUAGUGGCUUCCACAUCAAGAGCACGCGUAUGAAGGCCAGGUUCCCGCCACUCCGCUAG